GAAAUUGCUUUAAAGAAUACACAAGACCUGCAUAUACCACGGCCACCAGAAUACUACUCCUGUCUUGUCAGAGAUCUGGAAGCACUGGGUUGGAAUAAAGUGGCAUAUGUGGAUACUGGUCUUACCACAGUCAAGUUAAAAGCUGAAGACUCAUGUGGUCGACAGCAUGUCAUCACACUGAAGUUCAAUGCAAAGUAUCCAACAGAAUCACCAGAUUGCCUUGUGGAUUUUCCUGUUGAGUUUGCCAUUUCCUGGAUGCCACAGAACUCCUUACUAGACAUUUACAAUCAGUUUCUGGCAGCAUUGGAGUCACUGAAAGAAUUCUGGGAUGCCCUGGAUGAAAUUGAUGAGAAGACAUGGGUGCUUGAGCCAGAAAAUCCCACCCGGAGUGCCACAAGAAGAAGGAUUGCUAUAGGGAACAACAUCUCAGUGAAUAUAGAGGUAGAUCCUCGCCAUCCAAACAUGCUUCCGGAGUGUUACUUCCUUGGAGCAGAUCAUGCAGUGAACCCUUUGAGAACGAAGCUCAACAACACCAUGCACUUGUGGGAUCCAGAUACCAGUUUACUACAAAACUUGAAAGACCUCCUGGAAAUUGAUUUUCCAUCUCGUGCUGUGUUAGAAAAAAGCGACUUCACCAAGGACUGUGGGAUCUGCUAUGCCUAUCGCCUCAACGGUGCCACUCCAGACCAAGUGUGUGAUGAUCCCAGGUGUGGACAACCCUUCCACCAGGCUUGUCUCUAUGAGUGGCUACAAGGUCUUCCUACCAGCAGACAGAGUUUUAAUGUCAUCUUUGGUGAAUGUCCGUACUGUAAUAAGCCCCUGACACUGAAAUCUUCAAUGAAGAAACUCUGA